CCGACUACUCGUCGUCGACCGAUAAGAUAACCGGAUCAAAUGUUAAUCGUGCAAUCGUAGACCGUAGUUUGUAAAAUCUAUGGCACAAUCGUCGCGUCGUUACUGUAAUAGUACAAAAUAUUUUCAAUCGUUUUUGUCGUAAAACUGUGCUGUCGUUGCUAUGGUACCUGUCGUAAAUAAUUAUUAAUAUUGCCGAGACCGUUACGUAUAACUCACUCAACGCUUAAACGGAUAUUCUCAUCAUGGUAGUGGCCAACGCAAAUGGUAGCGCGUACACACCGACCGUUGUCGCGCAGGUCCGGUACAUGUUACAGUGGUUCGGAGAGUGGAGUGAAAUGGAACGCGGCGACUUCCUGCCGGUGUUGGUUCACGGGUUCGGUAGUAACGGCGGCGCAGCCAAUGGUCUGCCGGCGAUCAUGGAGACCCUGUGCAAGGAAGAAGGCCGUCCGCUUAGUCUGUUCAAAUGCCGCAUCAAGUUGUUCACCGAAUGGGUCCAGACGUGGUCUGAUGACGACAAAGACAGCUUCCUGAGCGGCAUACGUUCCAUGGACGCUGAUUUUGCAGAGAGAUACGAACAAAAAGCUGUCGGUUACGUGGUCAGCAGCUCCGAGCACUGCAAUGGUAUCAAUGGGGAUGAAAAUCCCGAAGGAUUACCAGAAGAAACAAUUUAAAUGGACUAUGCUCAUCACAUAUUAUAAGCUCUGUGAUUUCAAAUAAUAGGUACUUCAUUAAGGGUUGUAAAAUUUUACUUAGCCAUUCAUCAUUUUGGUAAUGGAUUCUUACACAAUGGUUAUUUUAAAUUAGAUCAAAUCUUAAAAUAGUUUUUUACUUAAUACAUUCCAACUUAUGAUAUACUUUAUGCUCACUUAUCUUUUACUUCAAUAAUUUACUGUAUGCAUAUUGACUUAUUAAAAAUUGUUACUACUUAUUUUGUAUUUGUGUACAAAUACCUUCCUAGAACCUUUUUAUUUAGUUUUAUCACAUCGCAAGAACUGUCUAGU